UCAGGAUUCAAUGCUGUUUGACCGAUGUAAGGUCAGGGAGGUGGCUAGGCAAACCUACACUUACCCCUAACACUGUCACCCAUCUAUUCUAGGUUUUGAGUGUGAGGGGGACAGACGGAGAUCUGAGGCUAAUAAACUGUCUGGAGAAACAUAAAAGCUGGAUACUUAAUAGCAACAAUUACUUUCCAUCCACCAAGACUCCUUUAGAAAUGUAAGCAUUUGUUGAAAUACUGAAUGACUGAUAAUUUUUCAUUUAAAAAUAUGGGGAGAUUCUGACUAAGUGAUGGUUGUCUAGGACUGAUUCUGACUAAGUGAUGGUUGUCUAGGACUGAUUCUGACUAAGUGAUGGUUGUCAAGGACAGUCUGUUUUCUGCUGCGGAGCUAUGAUCUCUGAAACUGACAGACAGGGAGCAGUCAGACCCAAGAGGGCUGCAUCAGACGGGCACAGGGACAGAGAGCGCAGCCCCAGAUGGAGACCCGAAGCUGAUCAACACUAUUUACACAGGAGACACCCGGAGGUGAUCGAUGACCUCCCUGCAGGAAAGAGACAGAUGAUGGAGAGGUUUUUUACACCGGUUCAUAGUCCUCCUCUGGAUGGAAUGAAAGCACGAGGGCAACGCCAUGUCCCAGAUCAUCAACACCAACACCGCAGUCAAGACAAGGAGACACACAGCUACAGCAGGUUAGGGGACAAUGAGGUACACAUCACUGAAGGCCCUGGUCAGCACCUUCACCAUGGUCACCAUCUCCAAAACGACCAGGAACCAACCCAUAAACAGCACCGCAUUCAUCAUGCCCACCACCGUUUUCACAACGACGAGAUGUUGGACCACCACACCACCGUCACCCUCUCCAGAGCAUCUUCCUCGUCCCUCUCAUCAUCCCCCCACUCGUCCACCGAAUGGUCCUCAGAGGACUGUAUCGAUGACCCGUUCUCACUUAAGCGCGCCAGCCGGCUGCAGCAUACCGUGUCCUGCUCCAACAUUGCAGCAGGUCGACAGUUCCGGGACGACGACAGCGAGCCGCAGGCGUUUGCUACUGUCAAACUGGGUCGAAUGCCUGGCGGAGGCAGCCCUGGACCCCAGAGUCAGGCUCAGGGGAGGGGAGCACACCAGCCCAACUAUGCUGAGCUCAACAGGGGUCACAGCCGUAGUGACGAGGGGCUUUUGCAGAACACUGGCACUGAGAGGGGUAAAGAACGGACACCCCCUCACCUAAAACACGGACGCCUCUACAAGACAGCCAGCCUGGGCAGGAGCCUAGCCUUCAGUGAAGAGAUCCUAGCUGGCCCAAAGAGGGCGGUGUCCUCCAUCCAGCUGCCCAGUAAAGGCAUCCUGAAGAACAAGGAGGCACGGCUGGACAUCCGCAAGGCCAAGUCCAUGGAGGUGCUCUCCCCCCGGGUGGCUGGCAAGGCCGAUACUAAGGGGAAGAUACAGGAUGUGGAGGCUCUGAGGGAUGCAGCCAGGCAGAACAUGUUAAAGGGGAAGAUACAGUUUUCUGCCUUCCUGGAUGAGAUCACUAAACAGGUCAUCUGCCCGGCUCGUCUCAAUACUCUGGGGGUCCCUGUCGAGACAGUUGGACCGGGUCCAACCAAAGCCCCAGCGUCCCCCAAAUCUCAACCAAAGAUUCAACCCCAGCUUCCCCCGAAAAAGCAGGGCGAUGGGCAGGCUGAGGAGAGGGAGCCAGCCACUAAACCACAGGCUCUGCCAAGGAAACUGAGGAAUGAGUCGCCACCAAGGAAAGUAUCUCUUCCUUCAAAGUUUGGUUAUGAAAGCAUGAACUACACUUCUUGUCCAGGCAGCCCCACAAUGCGCUUCCCUAGCCAACCCUACCCACUCCACCCACCGCAAGGCUAUGAAGACCAACCAGCCACCCUGCCUGACUUCCAGGGUCCUGUUGGGGAUAGGCAUGGGCGGCACUGCCCCGUUCCUACCGACGGUACUGCCAGCUCCAGCCCAGAGCCCAGCCGCCACAAACGCCGUGGCAACAAACACAGCGACCGGAGCAACAGGCCCAGCCAUAGCCCACCUGCGUUCCCGAACGCCCAGCUACCCCACCGCACCCCGAUUCGCACACACUCCCCUCCUCCAAUACCAGGGCCCGAGUCCGAGUCUCCGUCCAGCAAGUGCGGCUCACUCCGGAACAGAGACCAAGACGUGACCAGCCCCAGCUCUGAGCAGAGUGACCGCCACAGCUCCUCCAUCCACCACUGGCAUCAUAAAUCACACAGGGCCUUGAUGGGUGACACAGGUGAACUCCAAGCACUGCAGGAAGAGAAUACUGAGCUGCACCAGAACCUGAUGCAAGCUGUGGUCUGCAUAGAGAGCCUGGAGGCAGAGCUAGCAAGGACCAGGGAGGAGCUUAGCCACAUGAAGGAGAGGUUCAAGAGGAUCCAGGAGACACACACAGACACGCAGCACACCAAUAGCUUUCUGGGCGAGAAACUACACUCAGCGACCGAAAGCCUCGCCUCUGAGAGGAAGUACAUGCAGCAGCGCAUAACCCAUCUCAGCACAGAACUGGAGCAAGCCAACGAAACCAUUGCCUCACUGGAGAACAUCAACGUUCCCUGUCUGAUCAAGGAGCUCCUGGAGAAACACUUUGACUCCGGAGACGCUGUCAAACAGUUCCUGAGGAAUGCCUUAAAAACUGACCAAUCCACAGACAACAGCCAGUGUAAUGCUCAAAAAGUGGAGGAGAAAGAUUCGGACCGUGGAGGGGCAGGAGUGGGGGAGUUUGAGGCUGAUCCUCCCCGGGUCACUGCUUUUUUGCCUUGGAAACAGAAAGAGGAGGGAUAUGUUGGGAAACGUCAAACAGGAAAUGCAGAUUUUCGCCCGAUUAGUCCUCCUUUCUCUGUCGCCGACAUCAGCAUUGCUGUCUACAAGAAGAUAGCCGCCAGUCAAACAGCCAGACAGCCUGUCAACUACCAGCUCCACACUGACCCCUCCCGCCACACCUGUCCUUCGGUGGAGUCGAGUGCAGGGGGGCAGGGUUAUACUGGGCAUGCUGUCAGAGGGGCUGUAGGGGGGCCUGGCAGAGCAGCUGAGAAUGACCAAGGUGGUGUUGUUGAUGUGUCCUAUCUGGCAGCCCAGAGGGUUUUGGACGACUUCAUGCACCGACUGACGCACCCAGAAGAUGGGAACCGAGGGGUAGGGAGGGGCCACAAGGCUGACUGAGGAGGGAACCAAUUCAAGAGAGAGGAACCUCCUUACUUAUUUGUAGUUGUAACGUGCUAUUCCAUAAGGCUUUCAGAUUGUGAUGUUUUUAACGGUUUGAGGUCUGUAGUUUUGCAUUUGUUUUACUCACUAAAUGUCUCUAUACAUUUGACUGAUGGCAUAUUAGAUACCCAUGACAUCUCUUUUCAUCUCUUUCCAUUGUCUCAGCAUUGUCUUGGUGAUGAAAGUAUUAGAAUUUAACAAUGCAUUUUUGUACAUUGAUUAUAAAUGUUCUACAGUCUGUCUUUUCCCUUAUAAAGUGACCCAGAAUUCCAGAUUCAAAUUUAGUUAUGCCUAGACACUAUAAUCUAAGAUUGAAGACUCCAGCUAGCUCAGUUGGUACCUAUAUAUUUUCUGGGAACACAUGUUUACUCAUUUGACAUUGGUGGUGGAAAUUUAUCCUGAAGUGGGUAAAUGUAGCCUACUCUGGUAACAUUGACUUUUAGGUUUCAGUGUGGUUCAGAGAACGUUUUACUAUGGUCCUUUAAAGUUUUCAUGGGUGGACCAAUUGCUGCUCUAAGAAAAUAAAUGAUUGAAAGAAAAUAAAUGAUUAUUUAAAAGUUUUUGAAAUAACUUUUCAAAAAAAUUCACUGAAUGUUUCAAGAAUUUUAUUUUCAUGACGUUGCUUGCUUAUUAACAAUUUUCAACUCCAAGACAUUUUGUAUUAUCAUGAAAACACAUUUUUAUUUUGACACAAUCUGAAUUAUCUAUCGAGUUUUUCAAAUAUAUAUAGAGAAAGUUAACUGAAAACACAAUUUCUAAAAACAACAUCUCAGUGAAAAUAUUGAAUUAAUUCAUUGCACUACUAACAUGUAUCUAGACCCCCCCCCCCCCGCUAGUUGUGUCUGAUUUGCAAUUAUGUUCUUGCCUCAUCGCAGCAACUCCAGAGCAGUUUUGGGACAGUCAAAGAUUGUGUCCUACUUUGUUAUACACUGUUCCCUCAACCAGGAAGUAUUCACUGCACACAUGCAAUGGUGGAGCGAGAGCAAUCCAUAGCGAGUAAACACAAUUUAGCUAGCAUACACCCUGGGUGGCACUGAGCCAGUUUGGACUGCCCUCUGAAGGUCCUUCAGGUCACUGUUGGUAUGCUGCUGCCAGGAUUACAAAACCUAUAAAAACUUUCUGCUGAAUUACUAAAAUAACUACAGAGGAAAUUUGUUUCUUAUCAUCAUCUGAGCUAUUUGAAAUCAUGACUAACCUGUAAGAAUUGUUGUGUUAAAUAUAUAAUUAGUCACAUCAGUUGGAGAAUGUUGCUGCUUAACCUUACCAAAAAUGUAAUUAAAAGUAAACACGUUUUCAACUUUUAGGAAGGUAAAAAAAAAAUAUAUAUAUACAUGUUUGUAAAAUUGCUUAAAUGUGUUGUGAAUAUUCCAAAUCCAAGUACUUAUCCUGCAUUAUUCCCAGAACAUUGUGGGAAGGUUAUAUGCAAAAGAACCAUGGGAUAACUACACUCUAGAUAUAAGAAAUAUGUGAUUCUCAGAGGAGUAUGUACGGAAUGGUAUUUUAAAAGCUCUAGUAAGCCUAUGAACCUUCAUAUUUGAAUAAUAUUGAUCCAGCUACCAUUACUAUAUUGCAGUCUGAACACUAGACUCUCUAUGCUUAUAAAGUCUCUCUAUAUAAAACUGUACAAAACUGCUGUCAUCCCCAAAGACGUUUCCUGUUGUAGAUCAAUAAAAGAAGAAAUUCUGAAGAC